AUGGGGCGGCGCCCUCGUGAGAGUGGCCACCUUCAAGGCAAAUUCCCUCUUCGAAACGUAGCUCCCAAUCAGCGUGGGCUAUCCUCUUCUCAGCCUCAGUACCCUCUACCGUCCCAGGUACCGUAUCUCCACGGUGUUCAUCGACAGGAUUGGUUACCACAUUUGGCCAUCCCUCCAGCCCAACAUUGGUUCGAACAGACAACAGAUGCUCUCAGUCCCGUAAGUAACCGGUCAACACUCUCUCCCGAGAGCGCUGCUGCCAGCAGCUAUACCGCUGGUUUGGGACAUGCUCGAAAUCUGUCUCCGGAGGCUGAUACUCCAACGAGUUCAACUGUCUCGAUAUAUCGCCCCGUCCGCCAUACAGAUCGUGUGAAUGGGAGGUCCUGGCAACCACCAAACUUUACUUCUGAAUAUACGACAGACCCGGAUCAUCAGAUGACAGAGGAUGUCGUUGGCAUCGAUGUCCGUGCCCCCUACGUUGAAACGCAACGAUAUCUUCGAAUCCCUCAAUUUAUUUCUCAAAGGGGUCCAUCACCGAGCAGUUAUCAAAGAUACCCGUGCAGUAACGAACCAUGGAAUCCGUAUCCGUUUCGACACGAAGAUCUUUCCUCCAAUACGGUCACCACUCCUCCCUCUGCCAUGGACAUGGAUGUGCAUCCAUCAUCAUCAUCACCAAUCAGCCGUGAAAGAGGAGGUGGAAGAACAGGGCCUCUGUCCCAAACCGCAAGACAACAAGCUAGUGAUGUUCGACGGAUGGGAGCAUGCCUUCGUUGCACAAUCAUGAGGGAAAAGUGUGACCUCAAUGUUCCCUGCCAAACAUGCUCGACCAAAGACCGACGGAAAUUCCCCAAGAACUGUAUCCGUGCCCAUUUCAACUGGGAUGGAUGUAAAUCAAUCCUCUUCCCGGAUGAAUUGACCUAUCGCCUCCAACAAGACAAGCUGUUCCAAUACCUCUCCAACUCAUCUUUUACCAUGUCAGAUCGACCCAACUUCAAGAUUCCCUUGGACAUGAACAUUGGGCUACCCCUAUAUGUUAUGGUCAAAGAAUUUUACCCCCUUGACCUCGCCCCGGAAAUCCGCCACGCAUACCGUGCCAUCGAGAACGCCAAUGGCGUCAAAUCCUACGGCAAACACCGAACCUGGAGCCCCCCGAUCAUCAUGUUCGUCAAGGACGGCGAUCUGCCUCGCCAAGUCAAUCUUCUCCGGCAACAACUCAAACAGCUCUUCGAACAAGUGCUAGAUGAUCCCACCCGUUUCGAAAACUGGACAAUGGAAUACUACCAGGAAAAGGAAGAGGAUUUCCAAACAACCAUCCUCGGCUUGAUCGGGAAAUAUUACCGAAAGGACAUCGACGAGCACGCCGUCCUCAAGACCUCGUUAAGCCUCCUCUGGUUCGAAUAUUUGCUGCUCAACAAAUUCACGGUCCCCCCCCAUGCUAUCCCUCAACUCGAAGCAAACCUUGAAUCGCGCCGUCCUCCAGGAGCGCACCGCGACGUCACAGUGGUGCCCGAAACUAUCAAUCGCUUCCUCAAAGCCACGGUGCUCCCGCUCGCCGUCGACGCCGCCAAGAAACUCACUGAGACCCUGCACGACAUGCUCUUCAAAAUGGCCGUCAGCCAGAAACUGACGACUGCACGCACCGAUCUCGCCUUGUGCAUGGCAUUUAUCCUUAUGAUGUUCCUGGGCAGAGCGCAAUUGGCGUUGCGCCUCCUGGCGGAUUCCCCAUCUAACGAGACAGGCAUGGAAUACACGUCCGACCAAGCAGACAGGAGGAUUCAAGAGAUGGAAGAAGCCAUCGGCGAGUACUUGGUGUCGUUUCACAAAUAUACGUUGAGCCGAAAGCCGACUGCCUCUUCCUCGUCUUCCUCAUCCUCCAAACCUACCGGCGCUGUCGAAGAGCAGCGAAACGCCGAGUCGUCUUCGGACUUUGAGCUUCACGCCCGGAAAUUCGACCUGGUAGGUCGUCUUCGCCGGGAGAUCGAGGAGGACUAUGGUAAGCAACUACCACAAUAUUCUUACCAUCAACUUCACGCGUCUGCCUCUGUCAACCAAAAGUUUUUGAACAACUCAGCAGCUGAUAACCAAGUUGUUUUUCCUGCAGCUGACGAAAGACCGACCCGGCCCGAAGAGUGUGAUGUGAGCCUGUUAGACUUGCAGACUUUCCGAUACAUGAAUGUCAGGAGACUUUGUUGGAAGUUGUUUCAAAAUGUGGAACGUGAUAGAUAG